AUGUGGAUGAAGUCGCUGGUGAUGAACGGCAACGGAUGCACCAUCUACGACCAAAACGGCGCCGUCGUGUACCGGGUCGACAACUACCAGAAGAAGGGCGGGCGGGAGGUCUGCCUCAUGGACCUCAGGGGCAAUCUCGUCUUCACGAUACUCAAGACGGCUUCCUUCUUGUGCCCGUUUUUGUCGAGGAAGUGGAAGGGCUACCGAUGCGACGAGGAGACGGCGUCGUUUGCUGUCGCGAGGAAGAGAUUAUUCGCGACGACGGAUUUGUGUUGCGAGGGCCGGUAUAGGUUGGAAGCGUCGUGUGGCGGGAAGGUGACGGCGUUUAAGAUAACGGACGUGGUUAGCGGCGGAGUGGUGGCGGAGGCGAAGAGGAAGCAGCAGUCGAUGUUGACGGAGGGGAACGGAGUGUUGUUGGGGAACGACGUGAUGACGUUGGUGGUUCAGCCGGGAGUUGACCGGUCGCUUGUUAUGGCUCUGGCCACCGUCUAUGGCUUGAUGAGCCGUAGAUUGUGA